AUGGCCCUUCGUAAACUGGUGGGAGACCUCGGUCGACUGUGCCUCAAGACUGCCGAAUCCUCGGCCGCUCGGAGUCUUUUCGACACGCAGACACAACGCGGAAUCCACGCGUCCGUCCGCGCGGCAGACAGCAUUCGAGACGCGCAUCGACAAGGCACACGGAUUGCCGCCAGUCAGGUACUGAAAUUGAUUCGCUUGGUCACUGUCUGAAAAGACGCCGCGCCUUGGAGCAGACGCCUGAAUUUUUCAGGCGAAGGCAGCCGGACGCAUUUGAAAAUCGGAUGCAGGCGGAAGGCGUGAUAACGUCUGAGGUAAAAAGGCACAGGUCGCCUUCUCUGUGGACAAGCAGGUGUCUUGGGACCUUAUUUAUUCCGUUAACGUAGUAUUUCAAAAUUUCACAUUGUCAUAAUUAAAAAAAUAAAGAGGAACAGGCUGUGUCAGGAAUAAUGUUUGAGCUGAUUAUUAUAGCAUUUGUGUUCAGAAUUUGAUAUUCUUUUCUUCUGUCGCAUCAGUACUUGACUAGCGAUAAGGUUUUAGUCUCUGUAGUCUUCCUUAUUGCAAAAAAGGCCGCCGUACACCUUCUUGUCCACAGAAAAGGCGGCAAAACAGAAAAGGUUGUCUUUUUACCUUAGGCGUUAUCGCGCCUUCCUCCUUCACUUUCAGGCGACAGUUCGCCUGUUCAUCGGAGGCGGACGGCCGCCUGCAGCCGAUUUUCAAAGGCGUCAGGCGCGUUGUUUCGUCUAUUCUGCCAGCUUACUGUGCCGAAAUUGCAAAAAAAAAGAUAAAAUUCGAUAAUUUCUCUAUUAUUCGCUCAGGUGGAAAUCAUGGAGGGAACGAAGGGCGCCGGAGUGCAGACGGCAGUCAACACCUCCUCCCUGGAUGCUCGUUUGCCGACGGCGGAGACGCUAAAACAGCAGUUCGACGGAAUGGCCUACCACGACUUGCCGCUCGUCUACAUCAAAGCCACAAAGAAUAACACACUGGUGACUGUGAUGGAUCACAAGAACGAAGUGAUCACUUCCACCUCGUGUCGACUCGAAGGAUUCAAGAACGCACGCAAAAAGACGACGAUUGCCGGACAAACGACCGGAAUCGCUGCCGGACAACGGCUCGUUCGCAGAGGAAUUCGGACAGUUCGAGUGCAGGUGAGUAGUGUCGAUUCAGCAAGGAGUCAUCGAUAUUACCUUUGGUUUUGCAGGUAAAAGGUCUGGGACCAGGUCGAAUGACGUGCGUGAAGGGACUCGCAGUGGCCGGCGUCCGCGUCGUCAGCAUUACGGAUCACACGCCGCUCUGUGAACUCGGACCCCGCCCGCGCAAAAUUCGACGCAUCUAA